AUGUCCGCAAACGACAAUUACAAGCACAAACUGGAGUACAUGGAAUUAUCCAAUUUGAAGACUCCUUGUAUGAUCUUCAAAGAUACAUACGUAUCAGGAAUCAAGAACCUUGAAGUUUUUCACGAUUGUAUUCCCCACCUCCGCCACUUUUCAUUCGAUACAAGAAUGACCAACCUUGCUGAGGCAGGCGUGAAACUUAUAACAAAAGCAGUUCCAGCAAAUAUAAGCCCAGGCGAUAGAAUAUUUGAUACCAUGAAAGAACUUAUAGGUGUAUGCUCUAAAACUAUUGAAUACAGUCAAUUCACUAAAACGGGGUAUCGUGAUAAACAGUUUGAACAACUUUGUUUAUUUACUGGAAGUGUCUAUAUUGGCUCAGAAGCAAUGCAAUUGUUCAACCCGUACGGACUACGGCUACUUACCUUGACUGAAAUGCAUAUCGAUUCUGAUACAUUGAUAUAUAUCUCUGCUAGAUGUGAGUCACUAAGCCAUGUGGUCAUGGACAGAUUGACGGUACUCGGAACAAUCUCUGCAAACAAAGGAACUCUCUUGAUCGACAUGUCCAGCGCCAGACUUGCGGAACUGCGAUUCAGUCAUAUACGCUUCAUACCCCCUGGUGAAAUUGACUUGUUGAAACCGGCGCGACUUAUUGCAUCUUAUCCUCGAACAAUUGAUAGCGAUGAACACAUCAAUCAAUCAUCUACCCGUAUUUAA